UGCAGAUGUUUCACUCUCCAUGUUGCUACUUAUUCUUACACUUGUUGAUCUUAGCUAAAACCAGCUGACAUUUCGGUGGAUUCUGGUUUUACCAGCGUUAGCUUGAGCUUCACUUUUUAGUUUAGGAGACUGAGUUACUUAAAGUCCCCGCUAGUUUAUCGUGACAGGUUUGCUAACAUUAGCUAGGAAGCAACGUCCUGGUUUAGCAGCUUGAAGUGGGACGGAGAACGCAACAUAAAGUUUAAUGGAGAACUUACUGGUAAAAGACAACCCGCUGUUUUUGCCUCUCAACAAGGAUAAAACUGUCUAUGACGGAUUUAUCACCGUUCAGGACAGAGACUUAAGAAUGAGGAUAGUGCUACCACCAGAUCAUCAACUCAAGAGGGCCAAGCUGCACUGCUGUUGGCAGUUAAGGCACUUGUUGCGUGGAUAUGAGCAUAUAGUGAAGCAGAGGCUGCAGCAGUCGGCUGAUCUUGUCAGUUUCAUUCUGGAGCUAAAGACUGUCUUGGAAGUGGGUCUGAAGAGCCGCCCUGAGUCCCGCUCCAUUCCGCCUCCGCAGUAUUACUCUCAGCUCAUCUCUGAGAUGGAGACCCUUGGGUGGGACAAGCUGCUCUUCAUAGACACGGAAUUCCGAAUGCUGAGAAUGAAAGCGGAGGACUCUUCUGCAAGGCAGCACAUUCUAACUAUUAAACUCAAGUCGAAGCACCCUGCGGAGGCUCCUGAAUGCUCAGCUGACCUACCAAUCCCUUUGACUUUAACAUGGACUGCACAGAGUACUCUGGAGCAGAUCCACAGCCAGUUCCUGCUGUGUCUGCAGUCCCUGGCAGAGUUCUGGGAUGUUCUGGAUGAAAUUGACACCAAAACUUGGAUUCUGGAGCCAGAGAAACCAAGCCGGUCCGAUACUAUGAGGCGAAUUGCCAUUGGAAACAACAUAUCCAUCAAAGUGGAGGUGGAUCCCAGACACCCAAAGAUGCUGCCAGAGUGCUGCCUGCUGGGAGCAGAGCAUGUCGUGACUCCGCUGAGGAAUAAGCUGAAUGCCAACAUGCACUUGUGGAACCCGGACUCCAGCGUCUUGCACAACCUCCGGGAUGUUUUGGAGAUCGAAUUCCCGUCACCUGCCACCCACGAAAAAUCUGAUUUCAAUGUUGAGUGUGGCAUCUGCUACUCUUAUCGUCUUGAAGCUGCUAUCCCUGAUCAGGUGUGUAAUGACCCUCACUGUGGCCAGCCCUUCCACCAGGCCUGUCUCUAUGAGUGGCUGCGGGCACUCCCCACCAGCAGACAGAGCUUCAGCAUUGUUUUUGGAGAGUGUCCUUACUGCAGCAAGCCUAUUACAGUGAAAAUGGCAGCCCAGAAGUCCUGAGAAGAGGCUUUGUGUCCCCAGCAGCUCCAUCUCCAUUUUUGGAAGCAGCUUAGAAAGAAGCCGUUUAAACUGGCAGAUCCCUUACCUGCUCAGAAGUCAUU